AUUCAGCUGUUAGACAUAAAAGCUUCGUUCGGUAACAAAACCAGAGAGAAAAAUUUCGUAUGUAGAUUAUAAAUUGUUUACAAACUCAAAGUUUGUUAUCAAAUAGCAGCUGAGCACGAAAGUGAGCGCUACGAUAUCAUUGACAUCAUGAACGUGCUGAAACACUUUAAGAAAGGUUCGCCCAAGCCUGAGCUGCCAAAUGAUGGAGUCUUGCGCCUCUACCUUAUGCGGUUUUGCCCCUACUCCCAGCGCGCUUCGCUGGUGCUGGCUGCCAAACAUAUUCCACAUCACAAGAUCUACAUUGAUCUGUCCGAGAAACCCGAGUGGUACACCGACUUCAGUCCACUGGGCAAGGUGCCAGCAAUUCAGUUAACUGCUGUGCCUGGCCAACCGGCUCUCGUGGAAUCUUUAGUCAUCGCCGAGUAUCUGGAUGAGCUGUACCCGGUGCGUCGGCUGCUUCCCGAAGAUCCCUUGCAGAAGGCUCAAGAUAAAAUACUCAUUCAGCGCCUGUCCCCAGCUAUCGAUGCCGUGUAUCCCGUGUUGUUCACCAAAGAUCCACCAGAGGAUGCAUUGCCUAAUUUCGAGAAUGCUUUGGAUGUAUUCGAGCAGGAGCUGACCAAGCGUGCAACGCCCUACUUUGGUGGCGCCCAAAUUGGAAUGGUUGACUAUAUGAUCUGGCCUUGGUUCGAACGAUUUCCAGCACUCAAGCAUGUAGUGCCCGGGGAAUAUGAACUGGACAGAGCUCGCUAUGCUAAACUACUCGAUUGGGUUGAUCUGAUGGAAAAAGAUGAGGCUAUCAAGGAAAUAGCGCUGGAUAGCGAGACGCAUGCCCAAUUCAUGGUCACGCGCCAGGAAGGCCAGCCCAACUAUGAUAUAGCUUUCCCAGUUGCUACAGAAGAACUCAUGGAAUAAUUCAGGCCCAAUAAUAAAUUACUCUUGAAAUGUGA